CGCGCGACCACUUUUCCCUCAGUCUUCUCCAGCACAUCGUCGCAAACGGGGCCGGAAAGCGUGGCAGCGCAGGCGCAAGCGCAGAGAGCGGAGGCGGUGGUGGUGGCGGCCGCUGGCCAGUGUAAGAUGGCGGCGGCGUUGGUGGCGGCAGUGGACGGGGCGGCUGGGCCUGGAACAGUCGGAGCAGCCGCUGGCAGAAGGAUGACCCAAGACGGGAAGCGGGCUGCAGAGUCUCGCCGGCUCCCGUGCUUGUAACUGCCCCAGCCGGACACCCCCCCCCCCCCUUGACCUACCCGUCCUUCAGUGAAUCUACAGGCCUAUUUUCUCAGGAGCUCAGCCUGGCCCUACUUCAGUGAUAAAGGAGGAAAGUUUAAAACAAUACUGGUGUUUCAAAAGCAAACGGACUAGUAGAAGACAUUCUAUAGUCGUGUGCCUUCUUGUGGGAGACUGAGAUCUUCAGUGUUUUGCGCUCUAGGUCCUGUUUUCUGUCAGGCUGGCUACAGUAAACAUCAUUCAAGAUGUCCAGCAAAGGGAGCAGCACAGAUGGCAAAACAGACUUAGCUAAUGGAAGCCUGUCUAGCAGUCCAGAGGAGAUGUCUGGUGCUGAGGAAGGGAGAGAGACAUCCUCAGGCAUUGAAGUGGAGGCCUCAGACCUGAGCUUGAGCUUGACUGGGGAUGAUGGUGGCCCCAAUCGCACCAGCACAGAAAGUCGAGGCACGGAUACAGAGAGCUCAGGUGAAGACAAGGACUCUGACAGCAUGGAGGACACUGGCCAUUACUCCAUCAAUGAUGAAAACCAAGUCCAUGACCCCUCAGAGGAAGAGGAGGAGGAAGAAGAGGAGGAAGAAGAGCAUCCUCGUCGCCGUGUACAGCGCAAGCGGGCCAAUCGUGAUCAGGACUCAUCCGACGAUGAGCGAGCCCUGGAGGACUGGGUAGCCUCAGAGACAUCAGCCCUGCCCCGACCUCGCUGGCAAGCCCUUCCUGCUCUUCGGGAGCGGGAGCUGGGUUCAAGUGCCCGUUUUGUGUAUGAGGCUUGUGGGGCAAGAGUCUUUGUGCAGCGUUUCCGUCUGCAGCAUGGGCUUGAGGGCCAUACUGGUUGUGUUAAUACCCUGCACUUUAACCAGCGCGGCACCUGGCUGGCCAGUGGCAGCGAUGACCUGAAAGUGGUGGUUUGGGACUGGGUGCGGCGACAGCCAGUAUUGGACUUUGAGAGUGGCCACAAAAGCAAUGUCUUCCAGGCCAAGUUCCUUCCUAACAGUGGUGAUUCAACCCUGGCCAUGUGUGCCCGUGAUGGGCAGGUUCGGGUAGCAGAGUUGUCUGCUACUCAGUGCUGCAAGAAUACGAAGCGUGUGGCCCAGCACAAGGGAGCAUCCCACAAGUUGGCCCUGGAACCAGACUCUCCCUGUACGUUCCUGUCUGCAGGUGAAGAUGCAGUUGUCUUUACCAUUGACCUUAGACAAGACCGGCCAGCUUCGAAAUUGGUGGUGACAAAAGAAAAGGAGAAGAAAGUGGGGCUGUAUACAAUCUAUGUGAAUCCCGCCAAUACACAUCAGUUUGCAGUGGGUGGACGAGAUCAGUUUGUAAGGAUUUAUGACCAGAGGAAAAUUGAUGAGAAUGAAAACAAUGGAGUACUCAAGAAAUUCUGUCCUCAUCACCUGGUGAACAGUGAGUCCAAAGCAAACAUCACCUGUCUUGUGUACAGCCACGACGGCACAGAGCUCCUGGCCAGUUACAACGAUGAAGACAUUUACCUCUUCAACUCCUCUCACAGUGAUGGGGCCCAGUAUAUUAAAAGAUACAAGGGCCACAGAAAUAACGCCACAGUAAAAGGCGUCAAUUUCUAUGGCCCCAAGAGUGAGUUUGUGGUGAGCGGUAGUGACUGCGGGCACAUCUUCCUCUGGGAGAAAUCAUCCUGCCAGAUCAUUCAGUUCAUGGAGGGGGACAAGGGAGGCGUGGUAAACUGUCUUGAGCCCCAUCCUCACCUGCCUGUGCUGGCAACCAGUGGCCUAGACCAUGAUGUCAAGAUCUGGGCACCCACAGCCGAAACUUCCACUGAGCUUACAGGGUUAAAGGAUGUGAUUAAGAAGAACAAGCGGGAACGGGAUGAAGAUAGCUUACACCACACUGACUUAUUUGAUAGCCACAUGCUCUGGUUCCUCAUGCAUCACCUGAGACAGAGACGCCAUCACCGGCGCUGGCGAGAACCUGGGGUUGGGGCCACAGACGCAGACUCGGAUGAGUCUCCCAGCUCCUCAGACACAUCGGACGAGGAGGAGGGCCCCGACCGGGUGCAGUGUAUGCCAUCCUGAGGCCUCGUACCCAGGAGGGGCAGGCCAGGGCUGCCAACCUGAUCCUGCCUGGGCAGCCCUUUCCUGUCCCAGGCCCUUACAUUCAGCAGAAACGCACUUUGGACAUUUUUGCUUUAGAUUUUAACAAAAAAAAAAAAGGAGAAAAAAAAAAGACAUCCCAGGAGGACAAGCCAGAGGAGAGCGAACCUGCAGGGGUAUCUAAGAGUGGGAGUUGAGCCCUGCAAUGGGGUUCCAUGGAGAGGUGCGCAGGACUCAGCAGAAAUGGCCUCUCCCCAAAGCCUUCUUUUUUUUUUUUGGGAGGGGGGAGCCUAUUUUGUUAACUGGUUUUGGGUAAGGAAUGGGGUUUCCUUUUCUUUGAUCUCCCUUGUUUCUUGGGUGGGGGGUGGGGGGUUAACUGGCUGUUCAGUACCAAGGGGCCAGACUGGGAGUGGUAGAAGAGCCACUCUCUCUUUGGUUUUAGGUUUUGACGUUAUUUUCUUUAUUUUUAAAAAGUCUAUGACAGUUGCAUUGUUUUUUCUUCCCCUUGAGCAGCCCUAUCCCAGGAUCCUGUUUCUCUGGGAGGUCCUUAGAGCCCCUAACCAUCCCACACUCUUCACUUUGUUUUCCACCUCAUUCAUUCUCUGUACUUAUUAUCACAGUGUUUUGCACUUGAUUAUGUAUCCUUCACUCUCUUCUCUUCAUCCUGUCAUUCCCUCACUAGGCCUGGUGAGGGAGGUUGGGGGGAGGUGGGAGGAGGGGUAGAAGUGGAAGAAUAGGAAGGAUGUUACCUCUUUUGUUACUUUAAAAAAAAAAAAAAGUUUGUUUGGUGGCAGCAAUCUCCCUGUCCCUAU